CUGCACUCUGAUCUUUGAUCCUCGAGCCCUGGCAGAGUCCAUUCAAGUCAAUCAGAUACCAGAGACUACCUACAACCAUAGAAAUUGAAUUACUAGAACAGACAAUCCUAUUCAAGUCACUGCUCUGUGUUGUUUGGGAAUUCUAUUUCAAUGCCCCCACACUCUCAGGAGGAACAUCGAAAUCUACACUCACCAAACCAGUAGUUAGAGACAAGCAGAAGCAGAUGAAGCCCAUUGUUGUUGCGUUGCUCUUACUCCACACAUCGGCUUCCUCUUCUUCCACCUCUUCCUCUUCCCCUGGAGCUGCAGGCAUGUUGAAACCACUGUUUCAAUACAUAGAUGACCACCAAAAUCAGUUUGUUCAGAGGCUGACGGAGUGGGUUGCUGUCCAGAGUAACUCAGGAGAUCACACAAAAUGGGGAGAAGUUGAAAGGAUCCUGAACAUGACAGCAGUGAGGAUCCAAGAGAUGGGAGGCAUAGUGGAGUUAGCAGAUGUAGGCACUCAUCAGCUGCCCAGUGGGGAGACUGUGCAGCUUCCACCAGUGAUACUGGCUGAGUUUGAGAGGGACCCAAAUAAAUCUACUCUCUGUAUCUAUGGCCAUGUGGAUGUCCAGCCAGCCAAGAUGGCGGACGGCUGGACCACUGACCCCUUCAAUCUAACAGAGAUCAGAGGUAACCUGUAUGGGCGAGGGGCCACGGACAACAAAGGGCCGGUCCUGGCCUGGCUUCAUGCUGUGGAGUCCUACCAGGCCACAAAAAAGGAGAUACCAGUAAAUAUAAAACUCAUCAUUGAGGGUCUGGAGGAGGUGGGCUCAUACGGUCUGUUGGAGUUGACCAGGAAGAGAAACGACAGCUUCUUUGCAGAUGUGGACUUCAUAGUGAUCUCUGACAAUGUGUGGGCGACCAGAACCCCAGCCCUGACCUACGGAACCAGAGGGAGCAGCUAUUUCUUUGUGGAGGUUGAUGGCCCUAAACUGGACCUCCAUUCUGGAGUGUACGGGGGUUCUAUCCAGGAGCCCAUGUCAGAUCUGAUAGCCUUACUGGGAAGUCUGUUGGACCACACAGGUAAGAUCUUAGUUCCUGGGGUCACUGAUGAUGUCGCGCCCCUCACUGAGGAUGAGAGGAAGCUCUAUGACAAUAUCAGCUUUGACCUGGAGGAGAUGAAGAGGGUGGCUGGGGUCAAACACUUCCUACAGGACACUAAGGAGGAUGUCCUCAUGGCUCGAUGGCGCUACCCAUCCCUGUCCAUCCAUGGGAUCCAGGGGGCCUUCUCAGAUCCAGGCACCAAAACUGUCAUCCCCAAACAGGUCACAGGGAAGUUCUCCAUCCGACGGGUCCCCAACAUGGACCCUCCAGAUGUGGAAAGGAAGGUGAAGGAGCACCUUCAGCAGGUCUUCUCCACUCUAAACAGCCAUAACAGGCUGAGGGUGACUGCAACUGUUGGGGCUAAACCAUGGGUGGCUAACCUGAAGGACCCACAAUACAUUGCCGGACAAAGAGCGGUCAGAGAGGUGUUUGGAGUGGACCCGGAGCUGAUCCGUGAGGGCUCCACCAUCCCUAUCGCUCAGAACUUCCAGGAGGAGACAGGCAAGAGUGUGAUGAUGCUGCCCAUAGGUGGCCAUGACGACGGAGAGCACUCUCAGAAUGAGAAGAUCAGCAGGUACAACUACAUUGAAGGGACGAAGCUGUUUGCGGCUUAUUUUUAUGAGCUCUUGUAGUGCCUAAAAGAAACACUUUUGCUGGUCCAUGCUUGUGAUGAUAAAGGAAUCCGCCGACACUGUACUCUGUUUUCAAAGGUUUAUUAUAACAAAGAGUUUACAGCAUCGAAUUUUGACCAACACCUGCAGAUGUCUGGAGAUAGCCCGAGCCAAUCUGAUUAGCUAUAUCCAUUCUAUUGUUCAAGACAUGCUUUUAUAUCCUACAUGGCCAGAGCAUGGCGUGAUUCUAACAUCCAAUCCCUGGCCAUUACAUAUCCUCUUUUCCAGGAAUUUAGUAAUGCUUUCCAGAUGUUUCCAGCACAGUAGAGUACACCAUUUUGCCACAUCAGCAAAAUCUUAGGGCCAAGUUCCCUCUAUCACACUUUCUGCAACAAUCAGCAUUUCUAGACUGUUUAAGAUACUACAUAUUCCCCCCUUCGAGACUAAUUAAGUCUCGAAAACAAAAAGAAUAGGAUUAUGACAAAUAACAAUU